GCUGAUAUAAAUAGCUAGAGCGCCAACUAGCGGCAGUUCGCGGCAGAGCAGCGCCAGUACAGACGGGUACAAUGUCACUAGAGAGAUGUCAAAGUGAAUGGACAGAAAUAGAGGAAGAAUAUCAGCAAUUACAGGAAACACACAAAGUCUACAGACAGAAGCUGGAGGAGCUGACGAACCUGCAGGCGAUAUGCAGCAGUGCUAUUAGCAAACAAAGAAAAGGCCUGAAAGACCUCAAGAAUAACCUUCAUAAGUGUAAGAAAACUCACGGUGAAAAAGAAACGGAGAUAAUAAAUGACCUGCAGGUCCAAAUUAAAGAAAGGCAAAAUGUCUUUUUUGAAAUGGAGUCCUAUUUGCCAAAGAAAAAUGGAUUGUACUUAAAUUUAGUACUUGGAAAUGUGAAUGUCACGCUCCUCAGCAACCAAGCCAAGUUUGCGUACAAAGAUGAAUAUGAGAAGUUCAAACUUUAUAUGACUAUAAUACUUAUGUUUGGAGCCGUCACCUGCCUCUUCCUUUUCAAUUACCGGGUUACAGAUGAAAUCUUCAACUUUUUAUUAGUGUGGUAUUAUUGCACAUUGACAAUAAGAGAGAGUAUCCUCAUGAGCAAUGGGUCACGGAUUAAAGGAUGGUGGGUGUCACAUCACUACGUCUCAACCUUUUUAUCAGGUGUUAUGUUGACGUGGCCAGAAGGUCCAAUGUAUCAAAUGUUCAGAAGUCAGUUCCUGGCUUUCUCCAUCUAUCAGAGUUGUGUGCAGUUUCUUCAGUAUUAUUAUCAGAGUGGCUGCUUGUAUCGGUUACGUGCUCUGGGGGAAAGAAACCAGCUGGACCUGACAGUGGAGGGCUUUCAGUCGUGGAUGUGGAGAGGGCUUACAUUCCUCCUUCCGUUUCUUUUCUUUGGCCAUUUUUGGCAGCUGUACAAUGCUGUGAGUCUUUUCAAGUUGUCUGCCCGUGAUGACUGCAAGGAAUGGCAGGUGUUCAUGUUGGCCUUGACGUUUCUUGUCCUGUUCUUGGGGAAUUUCCUCAUUACUCUGAAAGUGGUCCACCAGAAGCUUCAGAAGAACAAAGAAAAGGUUAAAAACAACUGACGAGACGCCAACUCGAAGAAUUCAUAUGCUGCGAGGCCAGUGUGGAUGACACAGAACUGAACUUCAAAACGCACAAAACUGUUUCGUCUAUAGGAGUCGCGUCCCACAAGCUGUUUGGAGAGGGCCGGAGGUAGAUGUUGACGUGUCCGCGAAAUCGUUUCAGCAGCGGCAAUGAAACCCAAGCUUUCGUGUCACGUUGCUCUAUCGUCUGCCACGUUGCUUUUGCUUUUAUUUGUGCAAUCACAGCAAUUAGAGGGUAAUGUUUGGGCUAGAAGCCACUGACAACCUUCAGAGACUGUAUACUUUUGUUUUGUUCUUGUGCAUGAAUCCGUUUACAAUAAGCCACAUUUAAAGUUUAUGCAAUGCCGCAGGAAGGCUGUGGAACUGUAGAUGCUCAGUUCAAUGCAACACCUCAAAGGGAGUUUUUUUUUUUUUUAAGGGUACAUACGGAUUAAAGUACUUGUUCACAUUCAAGGCAUUUUGGCUGAAACAUAUCCAAGAUUUGUUUUUUUCACGAUUUUAUGUUACGUGUUUCUGGGAAAGCAUUGAUGCAAUGCAACUUCAAGGGAAAGGUGUGUUAGGCAUGUUGUGGCUUGUUAGUACAGUGCUUGAGCAAGGCCAAACUCUUGAAUUAAAGAAAUAGUUCACCCAAAAAUGACCUUUGAUUAGAAUUUACACAACAUCAGGCCAUCCAAGAUGUAGAUGAGUACUGACAGAAGUUGCAUUUGGUUCCUGGAUGACUUGUUUGCCUCAAUGCUCUCCUUUGCCUGUUCACACCUGGUUUAGUUUAGCCUAGAACCCAAGUGUUACAAGUUGUUUGCAAUUUCACAGGCUCAGUGAACUCUACCUGAAGCAAAAACCUGUAAUUAAACGCCAUUUCCCAUGUUGGGAAAUGCUUUAUUGCACAAUUAACCACUGCGUAAAUCGUGUGUAAUAGUAGUCACUCUUCACGGUGUGAUUUUGUAAAUGUUUUGUGUUGAAAGAAUAACUGCACUUUUUGCUUGAACAUAAAAUAAGCCUACAGACUGGAGGAAAAUAAGUUUUCCAAAAGGCCUUUUAGAUAUUAAGUUGGAUUUCUCUUGCCCUUCCGUUGCUGCUGAGCAAAUAAAUUGAAUCUGAUGCAA